GCUGUCAUGGAAGUUCAUCGUCAGAUGGUCAGUUGAGUAUGUGCGUCCUAGAAAAUUACCUCGCUUUCCUGUUUCGAGUUUUCCACCCAAUUUGAUCUCGCUGUGGGAUGUUUAACAUCUUCUAAUAGUCCCCAGAGCCCCACAUCCCCUAUCCCCGUGUAGUUUUAGUGUGUAGUGCGCGUCUUUGCGUACCAAAUCCACAGUAUUUUUCUCUCUGGUUGAAAUGGAUCACUUUCGCCAGCCGAUGGAGUGUCGCUCCUCACCGGGCAAAGUGCUGGAGAAGAGCAUCGCCGAUAGUGGCUACACGUCGGAGUUGAGUGCGACCAGUGAAUCUCAGAUUUCGCAUCAAUAUCGCAGCGGCACAAUCGAAGAGGAUGCGGAGAUUGAUGAGAAUCAGGAGCCUCCGACGCCCACCACGAGGAAUCUGCAGAGAUUCUCCGCCCUGCAGCUCACCACACCCAAGAGUUCUCCUCUCAAGCGCCGUCUGGACACGGAUGAGAGUGCAACGCCGAAGAGAGUGCGCGUCAGCGAUGAGAAUUUGGACUUUGAGACGCCGAAAAAGAGCAAUUUCCUCCGCAAGAAAUCCUCCAUUCCACUCUCGCCCAUCUCCAAUAUCUCCAAGUCGGCGUCCAAGAUUCUCGGUGAGAAUCAGUUCGACAAUCUCUCGAGCACGCCAAUCAAGCACGGCUUCCGGCCAGAUUUUUACGUGGAAACUGUUGAGAAUGUGUGCUGGAAUCCGCUGCUGCCCAAAUCGCGAUCGCCGAAGAUGAAGAGGAAGCUGCUAAAGAAGAUCCAGAGCUUCAGUCCGAGGAAGUGGCAAGUGAGCAGGAACAGCGCCAAACUCUUCGGCCAGUGCUCAUCGCCGAUUCACAUUGAGGAGGACGUGGCAAGUGAUGGCAAUCCUGCCCAGGCGCUCAUUGCCUUCAAUACCAAUCAGUUUGAGAAUCUCCUGGGACUGCCCAAGCACUCCAGCAGCGCUGAGGUGAGGAGGAAGAGUGGCCGCGAUGUUGCUCCGGCUGCUGGUCUUGAGAGCUUCUCUUCGUCUGGACGCGGUCUGGAGACGGUGCACGAGGAGGCGGAUGGACUGAAGUUGAUUCCAUUGGAGGAGAUCAGUUCGCACAGCAUCAAGGAGUAUUUUCACGAGAUGCGAAGCAUGACUGAAGACGCCGCCACUGGCGUGUCGAUGCCGAGGAGCACGAUCAAGUCCACUGUGUUUCGACACAAGAAUUCCUUGGACUUCCUGGACAUUCCGCGACGCGAGGAGGUGAAGAAUGAUGGUGAGGAGGAAGUGAUGGACAUCAGUAUCACGUCACAGCAAAUGUCCCUCGAUGACAGUGUUGUGGAGGUGCUGCCGACGAAGGGUGUGAAAAGAGCUGUGGUGAAUGGCGAUUACUCGCCGUCAGUGCUGCAGACGCCGAAGAAGACGAAGCGCCCCAUGAGUUUUCAGUAUUCGUCGGAUGAGGAGAAGAAUCGCAUACUGUAUCCACACUUGCCGUGCACGCCGCCCAAGAAGCGGGCCAGGAAAGCGCUGGAAUACAGCUCAAGAGCCUCUCCUUCGCCGGCGAAGAAGGCGCUGGACUAUCGCGAGGGAACGCCGCGACGAUGCAGACCGCCGAAGAGGAGUUGCUACGAUGGCGCUGUAACACUGAACAUUCUGAGUCGCUUGGCGGGAACUGUGCCUGCGCUGGAUCGCAUCUUCAGCUACCUGAGACCAGAGGAUCUUCAUGCGGUGUACAAUGUGUGCAGAGAGUGGAGAUUUCUCGUCGAUGGACACCGUCGGGCGAGGAAGCGCCUGAGUGUGUACGAACAAGAGCAGAUUCCCAUCAAGGAGAACACAUUUAUGGUGAAGAAAGUGUGUGAGAAGCCAUCUGUCCGGAGGAUUCAUCUGCGUGACUGGAAUUUCAAUGAUGACACACAAGCGAAGCGGCAGAAUGCUAUCAGAUCACCGCCCGCGAGUCCUUCCACCAGGAAGCACAGGGAUCAUCAGAAGUUCCUGGAUCGUCUGGAUGCUCAUGCGAAGGUGAUUAAUUGUCCGAAGUGCAGCAAAUCGAGCCUCAUCAUGAGUCCCAGGCGUCGCAGGCGCUGCUCAAUGGCCAUGGCGAAGAAAUCUCCGGCCAAGAGGAAUCUCUUCAGGCCAAACUCAACAAUCUCCGCCUUUCCGGUGGCGCAGCCAGAUGACAAGAUUCUGGGAAAGGUGGGAAAAUCCCACUCAUUGCCCAGCAAUCUCACUGUAUUCGAACAGGAGUUGUGCCUGAAGGAUCGCAGCCUGAUUGCCGAUGGCAUGAACUACGACACUUAUGCCAUUUGCUCGCGUGAAUCGUGUCGCUUCACCUUUUGCACCACAUGCUUCAUGGAGCGCCACGAAGUGGGAAAGUGCGUGCAGCUGGAGCCAGAAUCCCCAGGGAGAGCUGAUGAGGAGUACCGCAGAUCCGUUGUGCCGGGCUCAAAGCGGAGCAAGAGGAAUCUCAAGAGACUCUGAGAGGCGAAGUGAGGAAAAUACUCUGUGGAGCGAUGCAUUUCAUGUUAUUUUUUUUACAUUUAUGAUUGAAUUAUGUUAGUACAACGUCGAAUAUUGCCCUUUUCUUUCAACUUAGUCCUUAGUUUGACUUUAUUUGAACUUUGUAUACUCUCUCUCUAAUGAUUAAUGGAUAAGGAAUGAAAGAUACGAAUUGUAGUAGCGAGGAAAUUAAUCCAAAAUUGGUGGAAAUUCACAUGCGAAAACGAUCGGGUGAUAAGAAUUCAGGAAUUUUAUAAUUUUUAGGACAUAUUUUAGAUGAUAUUCUUUACGUUAUUGUGUGUAGGAUUUUAUUAUGAUUUCUCUCAAUGUCAAGUAAAACUUCUCAGUGUGUAAAAUGAUCACAAAAGUGCCUUCAAGUGAGGCUGCUUCUUAAGUUAUUUACUUUUCCAUUUGAUGUGUAUUUUAUAAAAUAUCUUGCUUAUCAGCAGUAUUAGGAUUUUAAUGAUGAGAGUGAGAUUAGGCUUAAAUUUGAUGUCGCACAAGAAGUGAUUUAUCAAUCUCAAGGAUUUUUAGAGUAUUUCUGCCAGCUUAAAGAUCAUCACAGGCAAUCUUUGUAGAGGAUUUUAUGAGGAAAUAAAGCCUUAAUUGC